ACGGAGCAGGAGAGCGAAACAUGGCGACUUCGAACAAUCCGCGGAAAUUUAGCGAAAAAAUCGCUUUACAUAACCAGAAGCAGGCGGAGGAGACGGCGGCGUUUGAAGAAGUGAUGAAAGAUCUCAGCAUCACCCGGGCAGCGAGGCUGCAGUUGCAGAAAACCCAGUACCUGCAGCUGGGACAAAACCGAGGACAGUACUAUGGAGGAUCUUUGCCAAACGUCAAUCAGAUUGGAAGCAGCACUGUUGAUGUGCCUUUUCAGACUCCAUUUCAGAAUUCAGGGCUGGACACGAGCAGAUCGACGCGGCACCACGGGCUAGUGGACAGAGUCUACCGCGACCGGAACCGGAUCACGUCACCGCACCGGAAACCCCUGUCCCUCGACAAGCACGGACGCCAGAUUGACAGCUGUCCAUAUGGCUCAGUAUAUUUGUCACUCCCACCUGAUACCAGUUGGAGGAGGACAAACUCGGACUCAGCCCUGCACCAGAGCACACUAACUCCUGCCCAGCAGGCUUCCUUCACUGGAGGCUCACAGGAGCUCCAGCCAAAACGAGUUCUCCUUCUCACUGUACCAGGGUCAGAGGCAGGUAAACAAGAGGUAGAGGAAGACGGACAAAAACAGAACUGGGUUUGCAAAAAGAACGAUUCAAGGUCCAAGCCCUGUAAAGUUCCAGGGAUCAACAUAUUCCCGUCUCCGGACCAGCAGUUGACCACUUCGCUGAUCCCGGCAGCCCACAACACCGGCGGUUCACUCCCUGACCUAACCAACAUCCAGUUCCCUCCUCCGCUGCCCACCCCGCUGGACUCAGAUGAUGCAGCAGCCGCCUCGCUCAGCUCCUCCAACAGCGCGGGGAACCUUGCUAACGCACAAGGAAUCAACACCUCUCAGCCCACAGUAACCAUGGCAAUGCAGCCUGGGCAGGACAACAUGGUUCCUCUCAUCCUGAACACAGGAGACUCCCACCAACACCAGUCCCUUCAGCUCUCCCCGACACUGUCUCCACCACUCACACUCUCUCAGGCGGCCAUCAACGCCAUGGCUCUCGAACAGCAGCUGUCCCAGUAUGGCUUCUUCAACCAGCAGCCCUCGUCCCAGACGCACCAGAGCCAGCCACCAGCAGGCCUGGUCCAGCUGCCGUCCUCCAUGGUCCAGAACCAGACGCCCUGCUCCACGCCGCACAGCCAGCCCUCCUCGCAGCCCAACAUGAACAUGGACAUAAACACGGCCUCUUCCCUCCAACAGUACCGCAGUAGGGUCGGAUCCUCUGCCAAUCAGUCUCCAACCUCCCCCGUCUCCAAUCAAGGCUUCUCACCUGGAGGCUCGCCUCAACAUAACUCUAUACUGGGCAGUGUGUUUGCAGACUUCUACGACCAGCAGCUCACAUCCAGGCAGACCAGCGCCCUCUCACAACAGUUGGAGCAAUUCAACAUGAUUGAAACCCCCAUCAGCUCCAACAGUCUCUACAACCAGGCCUCCACCCUCAACUUCUCCCAGGCAGCCAUGAUGGGCUUGACCAGCGGCCAGUGCAACCUGCAGGACUCCCAGCAGCUGGGCUACAGUAGUCAUGGCAACAUCCCCAACAUCAUUCUCACAGUGAGUGGAGAGUCUCCCCCCAGCUUGCCCAAAGACCUGACUGGCGCCCUGACCACAGACGUCAGCUUUGAUGUCGACUCCCAGUUCCCGCUGGACGAGCUGAAAAUCGACCCACUAACGCUUGACGGAUUGCACAUGCUCAAUGACCCAGACAUGGUCCUCGCUGACCCGGCCACAGAGGACGCUUUCCGCCUCGAUCGGCUCUAACCGCACCACAUGCUCGCGUGUUGGUGUGUGAACCCUGCCGCCCUGAGGGAGCAAGGACCCGUGACCAACAAGAGGAUCCGAUUUCUGGGGUGCAGGGGUUGAGGCCCUUGCUGGGCAGAGCAUCCAUCCCACAUCAUCACCUACAAACCAACCCAAUCCAAACCCUCAGAAGAGCUUUUGAAGUGAACAUCAGCUGAAGAAAAUGGAUUGAAUUGUUUGUGAGACUUCUGCCAGCCUCCCAUCUCUUCUGAGCGUUGGAAAGAUAGCAUUGGAUUGCUGACUUGUGAGUUACGAUAGGAAACCUAUUUAUGGUUCUGUUACUAGUCAUUGCAAAUGAUACAUCCCUAUUUUGAUUUGUUUCAGAUGCAUACCUUGAUUUAAAAAAAUAUAUAUAUAUAUCAGGGGGGCAGAAGGAGCCUGGUCUCUCACUCACUAUCAUUGACUGAGUAAAACCUUGCCCGCAGAGCAAGCUGUUAAACUACACAACUCAUCUGUCUACAUCGUAGAGUAGCCUGUGACUCAUAGGAAACACCUCUGCUUUUUUUUUUUUUUUUUUUUUUUUU